AACAGACCCCACCUCUAUCGAAUUCAAAAUGGCCUCUCAAUCUGCUGCUGAGAUAGAAACACGCCUGUUCAUCAACGGCCAGUUCCGCCCUGCUUCAGAUGGAGCUACAUUCCCUUUAAACUCGCCCACGACACUAGAACAGACAGCUCUUGUCUCCGAAGCCUCAGUCGAAGAUACAAACGACGCAGUCGCCUCCGCAAAAGCUGCAUUCCCGGCAUGGUCCGCCCUCUCCCCCCACGACCGCGGGGGCUACAUGAAACUCGCGCAUCUCGAAGCCAUCUCCAUGGGCCGGCCCAUCUCGGGCUACUGGGAUGCGAAAGGCGCGGUUAAGAAACUGCAGUAUUUCGCAUCUUGUGGCUGGAAUGGCCAAGGGCAGACGAGUCUCAACACGCCGGGGUUCGUCAAUAUGACACUGCGUCAGCCAUACGGUGUCGUCGCGGUGAUUAUCCCAUGGAAUGUUCCUGUUUAUUUCUUUAUUAAUAAAGUUGGCCCGGCCCUUGCGGCGGGAAAUACGGUUGUUGUCAAGAGUAGCGAGAAAGCUCCGUUGACUUCUGCAAAACUCGCCCACCUGAUCGACGCCGCCGGCUUCCCACCGGGCGUUAUAAACGUCCUCUCGGGCCACGGGCACGUCUCAGGAACAACACUAGCGCACCACAUGGACGUCCGACUGCUCACAUUCACCGGCUCCGGACGCACAGGGCGAUUAAUCCAACAAGCUGCGGCAAAGUCGAACCUCAAGAACGUAAUCUUCGAACUCGGAGGGAAAUCACCGACCGUUGUCUUUGCGGACGCGGACCUCGAAAAGGCAGCGAGGGAGGCCGCAUAUAGUAUCCAGUGGAAUAGUGGGCAGGUGUGCAUGGCGAACUCGCGGGUUUACGUGCAUGACUCUGUGGCUGGGAAGUUUAUCGAACUGUUUAAACAGAAUUUGCAGAAUAUCAGGAUCGGUGAUCCGACGGAUCCGGAGACGAAUCAUGGACCGCAGGCUGAUGAGGUUCAGUUUAAUACUGUGAAGCGGUAUAUCGAGAUGGGGAAGCAGACUGGACAGCUUGCACUCGGUGGGGAACAGGAUCCAGAGAGUAAGGGUUAUUUUAUCCCGCCGGUGAUUUUCACAGAUACACCGGAGGACGCGCAAAUUAUGAAGGAGGAGGUAUUCGGGCCUGUGGUUAAUAUCAACAUCUUCGAGACCGAGGCUGAGGUUGUGCAGAAGGUGAAUGCCACCGAGUUCGGGCUCUACGCUGCUGUUUAUACGCGCGAUGUGAGUUGGGCUAUGCGGCUGGCUACGUCGAUGGAGGCUGGGACUGUUGGUGUCAACUGCACGAGUCCGAGUGGUGCAUUCGACCUGCCUUUUGGAGGGUAUAAGGCGAGUGGGAUUGGGAGGGAGGGGAUUCACCACAGCUUGGAUAAUUAUCUUGAGACGAAGACGGUGCUACUGAAGGUGGACGAGGCGUAGUUUAACUUCAUCCUUAGACAUUGGUCCUCCAUGGAUUCGUCCCCCGCCGGUACAAUUUACUUACGAGUGGCAUUGUAUCUAUCCUAAUUAUAUCAUUGCCG